CAGCUGCAGCCGUCGCCUUUUCAGCAGCUUCAUUCGGCAAAGCGUGAAGUGUGAUUCAGGAGUGUAAAUAACAUUUGAGGACGCGGCGGUGAAAACGAAAGCGCACACACAAUAGGCAACAACAUUCACUUGUCCGGGCGCACGGUUCGAGGCAAUGUUGUCUCUCAGGAUGGACAGCGUCUCUUCGGGAUACGAAACCGGAGCAUUCACCAAAACCAGCACUUUGUCUUAGACAUUUCUGAGAGCCGGCAGAGUGUAGGAUGUUUAUUCUUUUGGAAUAAUUAUUUAACCGGUGAUGUCUUGUAAAGAUGUUCCUGUAAAUGACGGUCACUCCAAAGAGUUAAAUGUCCAGUACUCGAAUACGUGUUAGUUUAGCUAACACACAUUCACUUGGAUUUUAUUCUCUUCAUUGCUUAGUAUUAUUCAUAUUAGGGCACAGAAAGUGCAGGAACCCUAUUAUUAUUAUUAUUAUUAUUAUUAUUAUUAUUAUUGCUGCCGUCGUUAGUGGUGCUCUGUAUUAUUGUCAUGAUCUUUUUUUGUCCCUCUUCAAUGGUACUACAUUAACUCCCUGCCUAUAUCAGCAAAAAAAAAAUUUCUAAUGGUUUUUGUGUCAAAAGAAUGUAUCUGCUUCAUGGAAAUUGUGUGGAGAGAAUGGAUCGGAGCACGCCGCAAAGGAAAACUGUUUACAGGAUCUCUCUUACUUUAGUGAAAAGGGAAAGCUUGCAAGAAGGUGGCGGUGCUGCUCCGUUGCACCGACGAUUGGAGAACCCAAAGGUGAGUGCGUAUCGGCGGGAAGGCUCCGUAGAAAUCCAGCGCAGUUGUCUCCUGGAACAGGUCAAAGAAGUGGAGGAUGAAACGGACGAGCUGUCUUUGCAGGCGUACAGGAAGUUCAGAACAUUUAGCACCGGGCAGCUGGAACUUGCUAGGUCGAAAAUCUCUCGAAAAGCACUUACGUUGCGGAAAGACACUUCAAUGGGAUCAAAUGAAAUGUGCAUCAGGAUGUCACCAGACGAUGCUCGCAGUACUGAACGGAUGGAAAAUGGUGCUCAGCUGUAUGAAAAUAAUGUGCAUGCAAAGGCAGUGAAUGAGAGUAAUGGAACUAAAGAUGUUGAGACUGAGGUAAGGUUCAGUGCAGCUGCUGGCAACAGGGGAAAUGUGUGUGUUAAAAUGAACAGAAUCCUCCAGACUUCCAGGAGUGUUGAAGAGCAAGUCAGUAGAGGUGGUGCUGAGGAUCAGACAUCUGAAGAGGCUGGCAAUCUUCCCAAGGACAACAGUCUCGGUUCUUUGCUUGCCAAUGAGAAUGGAAGUGCUGCGAAGCAGGCGCCCCAGACCCCGCCGGUCCAGAGGCACCCAAGCUUGCUGCGUCGCAGUUUCAGCUUUCGCCACUGGGCAGGAGGGGAACUGCUGCGGCUCCGAGCCCUCUCCAAAGAGAAGCAUCAUAGCAGUUCAGGCUGCAUUGGGCGUGAUGAGGCCCAGCCUCAGUCCACUGUGGUCCUGCAGAACCCAGCCACUGAGGAAUCUGAGAAGGGCAGCACUCUAGAUGUGGAUGAGAUCCUUGUCCAGGUGGAUUCCUUGAAAGAGCCCAGUCGCCGGGAACGUGCCAAGGGCAAAAACCGCACACUGGACAACAGUGAUCUACUCAGGCUUUCUGAGAAACCCCUGGUGGAGAAAGAGGGUUUUCUCCGAACAGCUGGCAUUCGCUCCAGUGGCCAGGAGCGCAGGCUUCUUCGCUUCUUCAGUGGAAUUUUCUUAAAGAAGGACAGUACCUCCACGCCAAUCCGCAAGAAUGGCCUGCUGAGCUCCCAGAGGAGGGCCAUCAAGGGCUACUCACAGUCCAGCACUGAGAGUGUGAACGGCUUACUACGGGACGAUGCCUUUGUGAACAGCCAGGAAUGGACCCUGAGUCGCUCAGUACCAGACCUCAAAGUGGGUAUUGUGGGGAACUUGGCCAGUGGGAAGUCUGCUCUAGUGCACAGGUAUCUGACGGGGACGUAUGUUCAGGAAGAGAGCCCAGAAGGUGGACGCUUCAAAAAGGAGAUAGUAGUGGAUGGACAGAGCUAUCUCCUCCUUAUCAGGGAUGAAGGGGGCCCUCCGGAGGCUCAGUUUGCCUUGUGGGUGGAUGCAGUGAUAUUUGUCUUUAGUCUAGAGGAUGAGAUCAGCUUUCAGACUGUGUAUCACUACUACAGCCGCAUGGCAAACUACCGCAACACUGCUGACGUGCCCCUGGUGCUAGUGGGAACUCAGGAUGCUAUAAGUGCAGCUAACCCUCGUGUCAUUGAUGAUGCUCGAGCGCGCAAGCUUUCCAACGACCUGAAGAGAUGCACAUAUUAUGAAACCUGUGCCACCUACGGCCUUAAUGUGGAGCGCGUCUUUCAGGACGUGGCACAGAAAAUUGUUGCAAACCGGAAGAAGCAGCAAUUAUCAAUUGGGCCUUGCAAAUCCCUCCCCAAUUCUCCCAGCCACUCCUCAGUGUGUGCAGCACCUGUCGCAGCAGUACACAUAGCUCAGACCAGUAAUGGAGGAGGCAGUCUGAGCGAUUACUCCUCCUCUGUACCCUCUACUCCCAGCACAAGCCAGAAGGAGCUACGCAUCGAUGUGCCUCAGACGGCCAACACACCGACGCCAAUCCGUAAGCAGUCCAAACGUCGCUCCAACCUGUUCACGUCUCGCAAGGCAAGCGAACCAGACAAGGAGAAGAAAGGACUUGAAGGCCGAGCGGAUAGUAUCGGGAGCGGUCGUGCAAUCCCAAUUAAGCAGGGGAUGCUCAUGAAACGGAGUGGAAAGUCACUAAACAAAGAGUGGAAGAAGAAAUACGUUACCCUUUGCGACAACGGAAUUCUGACCUACCACCCCAGCCUGCAUGACUACAUGCAGAAUGUACACGGGAAAGAGAUUGACCUGCUGCGCACUACAGUCAAGGUCCCAGGGAAAAGACCCCCGAGGGCUAUCUCUACGUGUGCAGCCUCCGGCCCCAAAACUAACGGCCUCGCCAAGGACUUGAGCAACUUGCAGUUAGCCCAGGCUCCAGGUUCUGUGAGCAGCAGCUCUUCAGCAUCUCAGAUGGCCAGUGGCAUCAGUCUGGUAUCUUUUAACAGUCGGCCGGAUGGCAUGCACCAACGCUCGUACUCUGUGUCCAGUGCCGACCAGUGGAGCGACGCCACAGUCAUUGCCAACUCAGGGGUCAGCACAGAUACUGGUCUGGGAGACUCAGUUUGCUCCAGUCCCAGUAUAUCCAGCACUACCAGUCCUAAGAUGGACCCUCCUCCAUCACCACAUGCCAACCGCAAGAAACACCGCCGGAAGAAAAGCACCAGCAAUUUCAAAGCUGAUGUCUUCUCUGGUACAGCAGAAGAACAAGAGGAGAAUUUUGAGUUCAUCAUUGUGUCACUGACGGGCCAGACAUGGCACUUUGAAGCAACUUCUUAUGAGGAGCGUGACGCCUGGGUGCAGGCCAUCGAGAGCCAGAUCCUGGCCAGCCUGCAGUCCUGUGAGAGCAGCAAGCAGAAGUCGCGCCUGACCAGCCAGUCUGAAGCAAUUGCACUGCAAUCAGUCAGGAAUAUGAGAGGAAACUCUCGUUGUGUAGACUGCGAGGCCCAAAACCCUGACUGGGCCAGCCUGAACCUCGGAGCGCUCAUCUGUAUCGAGUGUUCAGGUAUUCACCGGAACCUCGGUACUCACCUUUCCCGUGUGCGUUCUCUUGACCUGGACGAGUGGCCUCUCGAGCUUAUCAAGGUCAUGUCUGCCAUUGGCAACGACCUGGCCAAUACUGUGUGGGAGGCCAAUGCACAGGGGCGACUGAAGCUCGCACCUGACGCCAGCAGGGAGGAGCGUGAACGCUGGAUCCGGGCCAAGUAUGAGCAGAAGCUGUUUGUGGCGUCUCUGCCGUGUGUGGAGCUGACUAUAGGCCAGCAGCUGCUGCGUGCUACUGCUGAAGAGGACCUGCGCUUAGUGGUGCUGCUGCUUGCACAUGGCUCACGAGAUGAGGUGAACGAGACGUGUGGUGAGGGAGAUGGCCGCACUGCACUGCAUCUGGCCUGCUGCAAGGGCAGUGUGGUGAUCACGCAGCUCCUUAUCUGGUACGGGGUGGACAUCAUGGCGCGUGAUGCUCACGGCAACACGGCCCUGGCAUAUGCACGCCAAGCCAACAGUCAGGAGUGCGUGGACGUGUUGCUGCAGUAUGGCUGCCCGGACGAGCGCUACCCACUCAUGGCCACACCCAACCUCUCACGCAGAAACAACAAUCGCAACAACAGCUGCAGCAGCACAGGCAGCACCGCCCUUAUCUGACUGACACGUGCGCGCACACACAGUGUGUGUGUGUGUGUGUGUGUAUGUGUGUACACACACACACACACACACAAUCUACAUACUCCAAAAUAAACUCUCACAUACAUGGCCAUUUGUCUACACGUUCACUUACCCUCACACUAACACACACACAAGCACACACAGUUCUUUCUCAUCUUUGCUAGACACAGAUUUAGUACAUACUACACUCACAAACACGACUGACCAUGCUGAUGAAGAUAAAACACUAACAGAACCACUGAGUUUGCACUCGCACUGCCUUGCACCACCACUAGCUUGUCUUGAGUGAGUUGGUCCUCCUGCUCUACCUGCCUAGCCAAUCACACGGUCACUCCUCUGUCAGGUGACACAUGUUGGGAGAACGCACUGUCUUCUGGCUGCACGGCAACAACACGAUGGCCGAAUAAACUGUUUGAACCUGCUGCUGCCUGCAUCCACAAAUGCUGCAAGAUGCAUGAUUAGAGAUGAAGGUGAGGCCAGACCAGGCACUCAAGGAAUGGCAAGCAGCAUGUCAGUUUUGACAUCUCAAAGUAACGCAGUCCUCAUGUCCUCUUUCUCUGAGGCUUCUCAUGUGACUGAAAUGAACAGGAAGUGACACUGGAUCAGUUCCAGAGAUCCUAGAGAACUUCAGCAGUGCUUUCCUGCUUGGUGCUUUUGAAUGCACAUGUUCGAUGUUCUUACUUACUUUUGCCCUCUGCCACCCUUUCAGCCAAAUGUUUAAUAAUUGUGUGAUUUUCUGCCCUUUGUACAAUUCCUUUUCUUCUUUUUUCUUAAGUAAUGUGAAAAGACAAUGUUUCAAAUACCUUUUUGGAAAACAUCUGAAUAUCACAACAUGAAGAGGCUUGUUGUAAACUUUGUUGGUUUUUUUUUUUUUUUUUGAGAUUGAGAGUGAGCUGUAUGGAGUUCACUGGGCAUUUGUGGACCAUGUGAAAGUCUAAACUAUCCGUGUGAAGGGAUCACACUAGUUUUGUGCUCAGACGUAAAGGGAAUUUCCUACCUUAUGAACAGUUUUUAAUUUUCCUUGGCUGCUUGCCAACCGCAUGCUUCUUUUUCCACUGCAAAAUGAUCAGGUCUUAUUUCACUGAUGAGUCAUGUGAUGACUGACACUAAAGUGACGAGCUUCUCCAGUCGUCACAAUUGACCCUUUGCGUGCGUGUGUGUGUGUGCACACGCAUGAGGGUGAGAGAUGGCAAAGAGUGUUUAUUAUUCAUGUUAGCCAUAUUGAUAAUAUUGAUCAAUACAGACUUGUUUCCAAAUGAAACAGCAUGCAGAGUGGAACAGGAUCUGACCUCACAGGCUCAUCAAUAUCAAAUAUGUGGCGUCUGCAUUUCUCCCGUGCUUUAUGAUGGAAACAUUAGUGAGGGGAGUCUGCAUCCUCAUUUACCUGUUCUUACUCAAUAUUAGGUGCUCAGGAGAAGCAGAACUCUUCUCUAUAUGCCACAUACCUAUUAAUGCCAGUAAAUCGUGUGUGUGAGAGAGAGAGACAGACAGACAGCAGGAUCAUUUGUCAGCAUUGGUCAAAAUGUCCAUACAUUACCCACUCAUUACUUGCUGAGGCCUUGGAGUGCAGAGCCCUAUUCGGCUCAGUGAAGAGAUGGCUCGUCUAUUGCUGCGCUGUAUUCUUUUCAUCAUUUUCAAUUUAUCACUGUCCUUUCUAGAAACUCUUUAGUGAAAAAUGAAGAGAAUGUGGGUUUUUUUUGUCCCCCCCCAAAAAAAGGCCUUUUUUAUGCUCUAGCCUGACUUCCUUGAGCUUGAUGCCAGGCUAUGUCAAAUUAUCAUGCAAAUAUGUUAUUAUGAGUUCUCUCAAAUCUUUUUCUUUUUCCUGAGUGUCAUUCUUGAUGUCUUUAACUUUCUGUCUUCAGUUGUGUGUUUUGUUCUGUACAGGCUUGAGCCCUGACUGACCUGUAUUUAAGCAAUACAAAGCCAGAUAAAAGCCAGGCAACUAUCUGAAGUAAUAAUUUUCCACACCAGUAUUGACUGCUGUGUGGCUCUAAGAAAUGUAAGACUCUGUUUCAGGUCAUAUGUCAUUACAGAAGUUGUGUUCAGAAACACGACCCCACUAGCUUUAGGGUUUGUCAUUGAGCAGGUAACAUACAUCUUUGGUCUGUAACACUAAACAAGUAGGAAGAUGUACAACCUGCCAGAGUUGCUUUAUGGGUUUUAGGAUGAGGCCUCGUCUCAAAAACAUCUGUGUGUCUUCUAAAGGGCACUGUGGAGGGAGAUGUGGGUCAAAGAGAGUGUACAGAGUUUAUUGAAAGAGAUGAGCUGUAAAGUGUUUGUAUAUAUAUAUAAUAUAGCAGAUCUGUAGAGGUCUCAACACCAUACACAGUUAUUUAUAAAAUAUAUACACACACACACCAAUUCUAAUAACUAACCCACACUAUCAUGCCCACUUCAUGUCCUUUCUGUGAAAGCCUGACUUCGGUUUUGGACCCUUUUUGCAUGCAUGAAAGUCAAUUUCCUCCUAAAUGAUUGACAGGUGAUAUUUUAACCUGAUACCUUUUCCGAUAUACUUCUUCUAAUUCUUCACAUUUCUUUUUGUUGCUGUUUUAUCUUUGUGAAGGUAACCAUUCAAAUAGUGGUCUAUUUCUCAUGUGUCUGUAUGUUAUAGAACUGGGAAAGAAUGAAGGAGUCACACCACCACCCAAUCAGCCAAUAGUGUAAGAGCAACCAAAGCAGACUCUGCUCCAUUCGUGAGCAGAAAGAGCAAUCGUGUGUUUAUUCGUCCGUUUUAAGCUGCUUACAUGCAUCCGUGAUUUUAGACCAUUAUCUGCUUGCUGUGUAGCGGUCACUUUCUGUACAUAGCUGUAAAAAAUUGCAAAUCAUCAUGUUGUUGUUGUCGUUGUUUUAAUAGUUUUUGUUACCUCAUUUGUCGACAGUAUCCUUGAGGACUCCAAACCUGAGAGACCUGAUUAUUUAUGAGCGAAUAUGCUAAUCUAAAAGGGGAGGGGCUCUCACAACUUUUUCUUUUUGUAAUUUUUUUUUUCUUUUACAGACCAUUGGCAUCACAAUGUUGUCAUUACAAUUGUUGUAUAUCUAAUUUUUAUUAUUAUAUUGAGUUUGUGUCAGCUGUACAGUUCUGUGUGGGGGAAAAAUUAUACCUGAUGCAGAGUCUUAUACUGUAAUGUGUCUCCUUUCAAUAAAGAAAAUUACUUCGUAAUAUAA